AUGACGGUCUCGUCCCCCUGUUCGUUGGCGCUGAUGGCUAGCCGUGGAGAUGAGGUAGCUACAGCCGAGAAUCAUCAUGAGAUCGUGAACGUGGCUGAUCUGCUGCCCGGCCCCAUCUGGCACAUCAUCUUCUGCCACGUGCUCCUGGGUCCAUCGCACGAGGGACGCAGGACCUCGCGUUUCGUUCGACUUUUGAAUCGACUGAAAAAUAAACUGCAGAAUCGGAGUAACCAUCCCGGCGCAUCACAGCAGGAAGCUGGCAGCACCUCCGGUGCCACUGGGAGUGGACUUUUGAGUCGACUAAAAAAUAAACUGCAGAAUUGGGGUAACUCCUCGGAGAAGCAACAAGCGGAGGCAUUGAGGACCUUCGGCUCCUGCUGGCCUCUGCUGCGCUGCGCCAUGGUCUGCAAGAGGCUCCUCUACCAUGUCGCCUCCUUCUCCGACUUGGAGCCCAUGACGCUGCCAGUCAACACCCAAGACCCCGCGCUCACACGUCCCUCGGGAACGCUCUCUGUCUUCCUCAGGCACGCGCCUCACACGCCUCUUAAUGUCGUCCUCAACAGCCCCCAAGACCUGCACUGCCUCGGCCGUCUCUUGGGACCCUCUGCGCGCUCCCUCACAAACCUGUGCAUUAGGCUCAAGGAACCUCUGGGCGGAGUUGAGCCCAUCGUUAGGGAGAAUCAGCUGAUGAAUCCGGCCUUUCUUGAGGAGUUUGAGCAGCUGCAGCGGUUAAAGCUAGGCCGUGGGACUUGGCAACUAGGCAACCUGAAUCCAGCAAGGUUCCGGGCUUUAAGGAGUCUCAGCAUCAACGAUUUCGAUUGCGACGAAAAUGAUCUGUCCUUUCUCUCGUCCAUCGCACCGCAGCUGCAUGAACUCGCUCUCGCCUCCUCCAGCCGUGGUUCUGGCUCCACCACCCUCGAGUUCAAGCUCACCGCUGCUCGAGGUAUCGCACUCCGCUUUCACGAACGAACCCUCCACCUCCGCUUCACCCUCCCUGCCUCUUUGAAGACCUUUGUUGCCUUUGCUGCGAGUAUUAACGUUGAUUGCACAUGCCCCAGUCCCCUCUCUCUCGACACCUUCGGUCUCAUUGGCCGCUCGCAGCUUCUCGUUUCUUUGCUCCCAUUGGCUUCCGCCAAAUUCGCCUUCUUGGACUGUCCAAACAAUCAAGAAACCGAGGUUGCUCUGCGCAGGCAGUUCCCCACUUUGAAAACGUUGGCCAAUGGUGAUCGUUUGUACUUCAGUACAGAUUUUCCGUUCCCCUUGGAGGAUUCUUGA